GAGAGAGAAAGACACAGAGAGAGAGAGAGAGAGAGAGAGCUCCCUAACUCCAGUGGUUCCUAGACUGGCUGGCAGUAAGCUCUGUGCUCUGUUCUUCCCGCUCCGAUGGGGUUUCAUGCCCACGCAGGCAGUGUUGGGAAUCCUGAGGGCAAAGCAGGUUUCUGCUGUUGAUCUUGGCCUCUUUAAUUCCCACCUAUUGGCCAUUAUCAGCCUACACAGAUGAGAGUCAGGACAGCUAAUUUCAACCUUAGUGACGGCAAAUGGAUCAUCAACCAGUGACAGUCACUGGAAUCCAAAAAGGGAGCUAAAAAGAACACCGAACGCAAGCGGCCCAAGGACGACUGGCAGAUAUGAGAGUGGUACUGCUGUGUGCCCUCUUCUCCCUCCUCUCUUUGUCACACGCCUGUCCAAAGGAGUGUAGCUGCAACAGCAACACCAAAGUAGUAGACUGCCGGGGUCGAGGCCUAUAUGACAUCCCCCGACGACUGCAUCCAGACACCCAAGAGUUGUAUCUUCAAGAUAACCGUAUCAGAGGGCUGGGAUCAAUGGCUUUCCGAGAAAUACCCCUUGUCCGCAUUCUCGAUCUAUCUAAUAACUCUAUAACAUCUGUUUCACCAACUGCUCUGCUGGGUCUCAGAACUCUGCAGCGCCUCAGCCUGGCCUACAACAGCCUGAGAGAGCUUGACAAGCGGUUGCUUGGACCUAUCCGCUCGCUUUCGCACCUUGACCUCUCACACAACAGUCUGUGGGGUUUGCCUGGAGCCAUAGGUGACAGUCUGAGAAACCUGAGCCACCUGGGGAUAGCGCACAAUAGGCUAACACGAUUGGACCGUUCCCUUUUGGAGGCCCUUGGCCAUCUGGACACCCUCACACUACGAGGCAACCCCUGGAAGUGUGACUGCCAGCUCAUAGGCCUCAAACUCUGGCUGGAGACCUACCUAUUUAAAGGUGGAGUGGUGGAUGAGGUGCUUUGCUCCCAGCCAGAGGAAAUGAAGGAUAGAGACCUGCAGAAAGUCCCUUAUCAGCUCUUCCAUGCCUGCAUGACCACAAGCUACCAUUACCUGUUUGCCAACAUACACCACCUGGAGUCUGAGAGGCUACUGCAAGGCCACACCCAUGGCAACCAUGCUCAUCCUUCAAGCCACACCCUCCAUGUCCCUAUGGCAAUUGGAGAGGGAUUUGGUGGCGGGGGAGGAGGAGGAGGAGGAGGAGGAGGUGGGAGUAUGCCAGAGUGUGAAACUAAGCAGAGGCAGAGGCCUGUCAACUUACGCCAUGCUAUUGCCACAGUAAUCAUCACCGGUGUUGUGUGUGGGAUCGUGUGUCUGAUGAUGCUGGCUGCCGCAGUGUAUGGCUGCGCUUACGCUGCUAUCAUGGCCAAAUAUCAAAGGGAGCUAAAGAAGAACGAGGAGUUGGCAGCAGCGCAGGGGGCAGAUCAUGCCACAGCAGAUGAGAAGGAACCACUGGAGAAUGCUAUCGCCUAGGAGACGAUAACAUGAACCCUGAACUUAAAACUUGGGCCUCAACCCUUUAACCUAAUCGUCUCUGGAUGCUGUGUGUAUGUUCGUGCAUGUGUGGUUGUGAGAAAAAAGAAGAGAGAGAGUGAGAUUCUUCAUGUUUGUGUAUGUUGACCUCAUUUAUGAGACUUGGGUAGCUAAAUUCCACAGGUAUAUGACUAUGCACUGAAGAGAACUGUAACUUCCAUUGUAUGCGGGUUAAAAGGGCAGGCCAAAGAAUUCAAUCAAUUCCAUUUUCUCUGAGAAAUGCAUAUCACAGAUAUAUACAAAUCGCUAUAUUUAUAGUUGUGUAUUUGUAGGUAUAUUAGCACUGAUAUUUAAAAAAAUGAAUUUCAGAAUUUGGUUGUCUUUUGGUUGUUGUUCAUAAUUUUGAGUCAGAAUUUGAGGUCAUUUUGAAAACUCAUAGUAGGCAGCUGCUGUCAGUUAGGUUCUGUUCCAAGUUGUUUGUAUUAUUGACUUGAGUGUAUGAGAACAAAAAUGAGAGCGUCUGUGUCACUGUUAUCAUUUGUGCUCGAGCGUGUGUGUGUGUGUAUGUGUAUGUGUGUGGAUAUGUAUACUGACUGCACAUAUUUAUAGAGAAUUUAAGAGUCUGUGCCUAAUAACGUCAUAAUAGUUUUGAAGAGGAAAUAUGUUUUCUUAAAGGAUAUUUUUCUGACAACUGAAGUGAGGAUUGGAAAUUCGUUGAAGCAAUAAUGAAACAAACUAAAACGAAAACAAAAACAAAACUUGGACUUGGCCUUGUUGUUUUUCCAUGAAUUUACAGGUUCAUGACCCUGAAUUUAAGCCCUGCAGCGCACAAUCACACCCACACACACAAACUUUUAAUACAAUCAGUUGAGUCUUGUUUGUAAGUCAAUGCCAAUAACAUAAUGGUAGACAUGUCUUUCAGUAUGUAUUAUAUAAAAUAAAGGGAAACAUUUUAU